GCAGGCUAAGAAAGAAGAAGGCGUGGUCUCCAGUCUAAACGACUAGACUGAGGUACUAUACUAGACAACAAAGCCAGCUACAUGAGCUAGCUAGCUAGCUAGCUAUGGAGACUAGUAGAAGUGCUGAAGAUGGAAGUGAGCUUCUUAUGUCUACAGAGACGUUAGGGUGUGAUUCUCCUGUCAUGUGGCCAGACCAGAACUUUUUUGGGGAUUUUGAUCCACUGCAUUUGUCGUCUGCUCCACCAAAAUGGUUGAACCAGAGCCUGAAAGUCAAUGACCAAACAAUAGCAGAAUUGUCGUCACUUAGUCAAACCCAACUAAUGGAGCGGAUCCGAGCGCUACAGAACCUAGCUUACAAGCUAGGGGUGGAAGAAGCCCGAGAAAUGACAAGAGGUAACUGCUUAAAUGUGUUCAAAACAGCACGUCAACCACAAUCCAUCAAGAAAGCAAAGCACUCUACACAAUAAUAACAUUAACUCUUUAUAAUACAAACACCUGUUUUAUUGUAUAAGUCAUCAGAGUCAAAUAAUACGUACAAAUAAUACGUACAAAUAAUACGUAAUGGACAUAAAAAGUUUGUUAUGAAGCUUAA